UAGCCGUUCAUUGCAAAACCCUAGUCUUCCCUCUAUUUAUGUUGACGUAGGUUAGACAAAACUCUCUUUCCGUGUAUGCGCGCGUUCGUGUGUUCGUCGCAGCCUACGCAGUAACAGAGCUUCCUCAAGGCCCCAGAGUCUCGCCCUCUCGAAGCAAUGUCAAGGAGGAAGGUUAGGGAACCAAAGGAAGAUAAUGUGACGCUGGGACCCCAAGUAAGAGAAGGGGAGCAUGUUUUUGGUGUGGCACACAUCUUUGCAUCAUUUAAUGACACAUUCAUACAUGUGACUGAUUUGUCAGGAAGAGAAACCAUGGUUCGCAUUACUGGUGGAAUGAAGGUGAAAGCUGACAGGGAUGAGUCUUCCCCAUAUGCAGCUAUGCUUGCAGCACAGGAUGUUGCACAAAGAUGCAAGGAGCUUGGUGUCACUGCUCUUCAUAUUAAGCUUCGUGCUACUGGUGGAAACAAGACAAAAACACCUGGUCCAGGUGCACAGUCUGCACUCCGAGCCCUUGCUCGUUCUGGAAUGAAAAUUGGCCGCAUAGGUAAAGAUCUGGUCCUUGAAAUGCAGUUCAGUUUGGUGUUUCUUUUUUUGGAUUUUAUAUUAUUCAUUUCUUAUGCGUGGAGAUGAAAGAAAUGCACAAAAUUAUCUUGCAUGACAACCAUUAUUGCAUUCAUUUGUUUCUGUUUAACAAGGAAAACAAAUAUUUUCUUCCUUUCAUGUCACACAAAGCAUUGUAAUCUAUUCUUCUAGUUCUGUAACCACUGGAAAAAGUCAGAGUGAAAUAACUGUGAACUGGAAAUAUGUUGAAUUAUAUUAGUAAAAUAAAGCAUGCUACAUAACAAAGUCUGAUGUGCAGUCUUGAGUUGUCCUGAUUAAAAGAAUAUAAUAAGUUUACGUUUGUGGAGAC